AUGAGGAGGUUUUUGGUUCCUAGAACAAGUAUUGAGAAAGUGAAUGUUAAGCAAUCGGAAGUCGAAGUAGAAGAAACACCCCCUAAUGUGGCCAGCGAGUUUAAUCCAAAUGAGAUUGUGCGUGAUCCAGGAUGUAGGAAACAAAUUCAUGAGUGUGCUCUGGAUAUUCGAGACCAAGUGAGGAGGGCAUAUAUAUUGAAGGGUCCAACGCAACCAGAUUUAGCAAGAUUUCCUCGUACUCAAUUUGGGAAGUAUUCAAGAGCAUUUUGUAAAGCAUGGUAUAAGAAUUAUACAUGGAUUGAGUACAGUGAGUCGAAGGAUGCAACUUAUUGUUUCUAUUGCUUUCUCUUUAAGCCAUCCGGGAGGGCCGAACACCUUGGUUAUGAAGUCUUCAACAAACACGGAUUUAAAGAUUGGAAGCAUGCAUCUAAAAGCUUUAAAGAUCAUAUUGGUAGUCAUGAUAGUAAGCACAACUCAUGUGUGAAGCAUUAUGAUGAUUAUAAUAAUCAAAGACAAAGUGUGACAAGUAUCUUUGCUAGAGCAACUAGGGAAUCAGAAGAAUUGUAUAAGAUCCGUUUAACUUGUUCUUUAGAUUGUACUAGAUAUCUCUUAGCACAAGGCAUUGCUUUUCGUGGCCAUGAUGAAAGCUCUACUUCUCUAAACAAGGGAAAUUUUAGAGAGAUGGUGGAUUGGGUAAAAUCUAAUGAUGAAAAAGUAAGAUAUGCUUUUGAUCGUGGUCCAAAAAAUUGCACUAUGACUUCCGGUGACAAUCAAAAGGAGCUUGCAACGUGUUAUGCGCAUGAAGUUACCAAGGUGAUUAUGGAAGAGCUUGGUGAUAGACAAUUCUCUGUGAUUAUUGAUGAGUCACGUGAUAUAUCUGUCACAGAACAAAUGGCGGUGAUGUUGAGAGCCAUUGAUAGAAAAACUCCUCCUAAGGAAGGUGAGACUAGUGGAGUUAUCAAAGAGAAGACCUUUGAUUUUAAUAUUGUUCUUACUCUAAUUGCUGAAAUUGAGGACAAGAUUCUGGCUGAGAAAAUCAUACAGGAAAAGAUUCUCAAGUCAACAGCUACUAUCAAUCACCUUGACGAUUCAAGCUCUGAUUCUGAGUUUGUUGUUGAUUCACUGUUAGCCACUACGAAUAAGGAUGGUGCUCGCAAUAUAGCUAAUAAAUUUCUGGGUGACUUCUUGGAUAACUUGGCGGAGCAAGCUGAUAAAGAUGGUUCGACAGAGGAGGAAGACAAAAACUUCCAAGCCGUGGUUACUAAGUCCCAAAAGAAAAAGAGUAGAAAGAAAACAAAAACCAGGGAGAUUUCGGGCACCAGAUCAAAAUCUGGUUUUGGGAAAACUUUCAAUGAAGUUCCUUUUUUGGAACAUUAG